GAGGGAAGCGUUGGACGCCGCGUCCAAGCCGCCUGAGGAGGUUUUGGUGGCGGCGGCGGCGGCGGGCAACAUGGACAACGCGGGGAAGGAGCGUGAGGCGGUGCAGCUGAUGGCGGAGGCUGAGAAGCGAGUCAAGGCCUCCCACUCCUUCCUCCGAGGGCUGUUUGGAGGAAACACGAGAAUAGAAGAGGCUUGUGAAAUGUAUACCAGAGCUGCAAAUAUGUUCAAGAUGGCUAAAAAUUGGAGUGCUGCAGGAAAUGCGUUUUGUCAGGCAGCCAAGCUCCAUAUGCAGCUUCAGAGCAAACAUGAUUCUGCUACCAGCUUUGUGGAUGCUGGGAAUGCUUACAAAAAGGCAGACCCUCAAGAGGCUAUCAACUGCUUAAAUGCAGCCAUCGACAUUUACACAGACAUGGGAAGGUUUACAAUUGCGGCCAAGCACCACAUUACAAUUGCUGAGAUCUAUGAGACUGAACUUGUAGACAUUGAGAAGGCUAUUGCACAUUAUGAACAAUCAGCUGAUUAUUACAAAGGAGAAGAAUCCAACAGUUCAGCUAACAAGUGUCUGCUGAAGGUGGCAGCAUAUGCUGCCCAGCUUGAGCAGUACCAGAAAGCCAUUGAGAUCUAUGAGCAGGUUGGGGCCAACACCAUGGAUAAUCCUUUGUUGAAGUAUAGUGCAAAGGAUUACUUCUUUAAAGCAGCCCUCUGUCACUUCAUAGUGGAUGAGUUGAAUGCCAAGCUUGCUCUUGAGAAAUAUGAGGAAAUGUUUCCAGCAUUUACUGAUUCAAGAGAAUGUAAAUUAUUGAAAAAACUUCUAGAAGCUCAUGAAGAACAGAACAGUGAAGCUUACACUGAAGCAGUGAAGGAGUUUGACUCAAUAUCUCGUUUGGAUCAGUGGCUUACUACCAUGUUGCUGCGUAUCAAAAAGUCCAUCCAAGGGGAUGGAGAAGGAGAUGGAGACCUCAAGUGAAAUGUUUUUGUCUUUGUGGCAUGCAGCUAAACUCCUCUUUAGUUUCAUCCUAGGGCCAAGUGAUCUUUAUGGAAUGCCCAUUUAAUGGCUUAAUUUUGUGCACAUGAGUGAAACGAUCUGUCUGUUGUUUAAGCUCCCACUGUUUGUGUCACUGUGAUGUGGGCAGAUGGGAAGCUCCUGUGCAUAUUGUGGAUGUGAUGGGCUAUUUCACGCUUUUCAGAGUUCCCAGAGUUUUCUGAGAACUACUGCAGAAUUGUAUUCCCGUUAUUUUGAUAUUUGCAGAGCCCAUGUUUAGUUUUGCCAUGUUCUUAUAUCCUUUUUCUUGUACUUAAGUACCCCACCCAAAUGUUCUGAUAAAUGCUCUGCAUAUUCUCUGUUAAUUUGCAUCUGGUUGUAUUCUCUAAAUGUAUGUGUUUAGGAUGGUUGUUAGGAAUGAGUUUAUGACUUUCCUCAUUAGAAAUUUGAUGUGUGUGUGUGAUCUUGUGAUUCUUUGGUGGUGCUAGUGGCUAGUCUCUUUGCUUUUUAUGUUCUGUGUGCUAACAUGCAUGUGAAAAUUCAGAACAGCCAGGGUCUGCCGGCAUCACUUACGUUGUGCGAAAAGGGAGCUUCUUGGCAGUGCUUAGUUCUGUGUGUGGAUGAAUGUCAAGAUGGGUUUGACGGAUUGUACUUACACACACACACACACACACAGAAGAUCUGUAAGAAACAGAAUUUUUUCUUUUCCUGGUGAUAGUUUUCACUUUUAGUUGGGGUGGAAAUCCCUUUCGUUAUGUUCACAUAAAGGUGUUGUAACUGGCACAUCCCUUUUCUUCACUUUCACGUUCAUACACUUUCCCACAUUGAGAUGCUGCCCUCUGUGCCACCAUCAUGUAAAUCUUCCUCAGGGCCUGGAGAUUAUCUAAGGGGAAGUUUGAGAAGGUAUGCCAUUAACUUUAUCCAUUUAUUGAACAUGAUGAGUUAGGCAGGGUAAGUAUGGUUACACAGGUUUACUAUAUGCCCAGUUGGGGGGACAACCCCAAUUAGCUUCCGAGGGGACUUGAUUUUUCUCUUAGCUAAUGGAAUUGUUUUAGCUUGUGUGUUUGAACUCUGUCCUAUUAUUUUGGUUGACAUGAUAUGUGCUCUAUUGAUUUAUGAACUUGAUCCCUACCCAUUAUGUUACACGCUGACAUUGUACUUUAGAUGUGGUCGGCAUCUCCUCUGUGCAUAUUUUUAGGCUUAAAUGAUUUAUGUUUGGUGUGUAUUUGUUGCCAGACAUAGCAUGUGGUUCUUUCUAAAUUGUGCUGCUGUCAUUAGUGAUAGAUAAUGAAACUUCCCAUGUUCUGUCAGAUAGUAACUAGUAUUUGAAUGAUGUUUUCAUUUUUGGAUGUCCCUUAGCUGGGAUUGGUAGGCUUUUGUUGGGCAGGAGUAGAGUGGGUGUGCCCAGGCCAAGGGCUGACCGAGAAGGAAGGUUUGGAGACAGUGAAUAGGUCAGUCUGGGAUGAAGGAGAAAGUAGCAGGAAAGGAAGUUGAAAAGGGCCAGCUGAGGCCCAAUUAUGGAGGCUGUCCCUCAGGUGGCUGUGAGGAUUCCCUGGCCGUAGUUGUGGGAUCACCUGCACAAGGUGGACUGGUGGGAAGGAAGGUCAGUGAUGUCGUAGUGUUGUCUGAGGGUAAAGGGAAUGGGCCAGAAGACAUGGAUACUCUGGCAUUGGGCCCUGGAAUCUGAUAAGAAUUCCUUCCUUCCUUCGGAGGGUCUGGGAUGCUUAAAAGAAAGAUGGCUGUCACUUAUUGUACAAUUUGGAAUGGAGCCCGUUUGGUACUUCUUCAUUUCCUGUUGGAAUCUCUUAUGA